CUUCCAAAGUCAAUGAAUGAGACAAAUCAGUCUCGGGUGACUGAAUUUGUGUUGCUGGGACUCUCUAGUUCAAAGGAGCUCCAACCUUUCUUGUUUCUCAUGUUUUCACUACUGUACUUAGCAAUGCUGCUGGGCAACUUUCUCAUCAUCCUCACUGUGACCUCAGAUUCCCAUCUUCAUACCCCCAUGUACUUUCUGCUUGCAAACCUCUCAUUUAUAGAUGUGGGUGUUGCCUCUUUUGCUCCCCCCAGAAUGAUAGCAGGCUUUCUGGUUGAGUGCAAGACUAUUUCUUUUGAUGCCUGCCUGGCCCAGAUUUUCUUUGUUCACCUUUUCACUGGCAGUGAAGUGGUGCUCCUUGUAUCCAUGGCUUAUGACCGUUAUGCGGCUACAUGCGAACCUCUGCACUACGUGACGCUCAUGAGCCGCCGUGUAUGUGUGGUCCUUGUCCUCAUCUCCUGGGGUGUGGGCUUCUUCCACACCACUAGUCAGUUGGCAUUUACAGUUAACCUGCCAUUUUGUGGUCCUAAUCAGGUAGAUAGUUUUCUCUGUGACCUCCCCCUAGUGACCAAGCUAGCCUGCGUAGACUCUUACAUUACUAGCCUACUAAUAGUUGCAGACAGUGGCUUUCUUUCUAUGAGUUCCUUCCUCCUCUUGGUUGUCUCCAACACCGUGAUACUUAUUACAGUAAAGAAUCGCUCCUCUGCCAGCAUGGCAAGGGCCCGCUCCACGCUGACGGCCCACAUCACUGUGGUCACACUGUUCUUCGGACCAUGCAUUUUCAUCCACGUGUGGCCCUUCAGCAGCUAUUCGGUGGAUAAAGUCCUUGCUGUGUUCUACACCAUCUUCACUCCUAUUUUAAACCCAGUUAUUUACACGCUAAGGAACAAAGAAGUGAAGGCAGCUAUGUCAAAACUGAAGAGUCGAUAUCUGAAGCCUUGCCAGGUUUCUGCAGUCAUAAGAAAUGCUCUUUUCCUUGAAACAAAGUAA